AAGAUUAUGUUAGCAUAGCAUAAAUAACAACAUCUUCAUCUCAAUUAGUCUCACAAAGCAUCGAUCAAAAGAUCUAAUAAAAGUAUGGUUACUUUGAAGAUGUCUCUCUCUUGUUUCUUCCUCCUUCAAAUAUCGUUGUUCUUGCUCUUUUCGUUUGAUCCAACCAACGCGCAUGGAUUGAAAGUCGGAUUUUACGACAACACAUGCCCAAAAGCCGAGCUUAUUGUUAUGAAGUCUGUCUCUGACGUGAUGAAGAAGGAUCCAACAAUUGGAGCUCCUUUGCUUAGAAUGUUCUUCCACGAUUGUUUCGUCCGGGGAUGCGAAGGGUCGGUCUUGCUAGAGCUAAAGAAUAAAAAAGACGAGAAGAACGCAGCUCCUAACCUUAGCAUUCGAGGGUUUGAGGUCAUAGACAAUAUCAAGGCAUCUCUAGAAAAGGAGUGCCCAGGCGUUGUUUCUUGCUCUGAUGUAUUGGCUCUUGUCGCUAGAGACGCAGUGGUUGCGAUGAAUGGAAGGUCGUGGGGAGUUGAAACGGGACGAAGAGACGGUCGGGUUACAAACAUCAAUGAGGCCAAUUCGAACUUACCAUCACCAUUCGAUAAUAUCACUAGCCUUAUCACCCAGUUUCAUUCCAAAGGCCUCGACAAGAAAGACCUCGCCGUGCUUUCAGGUGGGCACACGGUUGGGAUCGGACAUUGUCCUCUAAUCGCAAACCGGCUCUACAAUUUCACUGGAAAAGGAGACAGCGAUCCGAACUUAGACUCGGAAUACGCAGCCAGGCUCAAACAAAAAUGCAAGCCGACUGAUACCACGACGGCUCUGGAAAUGGAUCCAGGGAGCUUCAAAACAUUCGAUGAUAGCUUCUUCAAGCUUGUGUCUAAAAGAAGAGGGUUCUUUCAGUCUGAUGCAGCUCUUUUAGACAACCAAGAAACUAAGUCUUAUGUUCUCAAGCAAACGAAAAAUCAUGGCUCUACUUUCUUCGAGGACUUUGGUGUCUCUAUGGUGAAGAUGGGUCGGAUUGGGGUUUUAACGGGUCGGGUCGGGGAAAUUCGGAAGAAGUGCACAAUGGUUAAUUAA